GCGCAUAUUAGCAAAGAGCUACCUGCUCUCCGUAGUAAGGCUGAGACCCAAAUACACCACACUUGUCGAGUUUCACUCAUUCAUUCACACACAGCUUUUCCGAUCAACUCCUGAUCAAUGGCCAAUGUCGAAGCCGUAGAGCUCGAAGGUAUGCGCAAAGAAGACUCCUCUUGGCACCCUUGCCAGGUCUCUCUCUGCCCUAGGGGAGUUAGUCUUAUUGUAGACUACAAGGACAAUUACUCACAAGAUAUAAUAUUGAAUAAAGAAGAAGCACUUGCACGUCUUCGCUUACGGUCGAUUCCUCUACAAGGUGAUGACUGCUCUCACAUCAACAAAGGGGAGCAAGUUCUUGCCACCUUAAAGCUACAAUCUAAGACUCUCUUCUUUGAUGCCGAGGUAGAAAAGGCAUUGUGGGUACGACACUCAAAGAGAAUACACUGUAGAUGUACUUUUGAGAUCAAAUGGCUUAACCAAAAUCUUGAAGGAGGAACCUUGGUUGUACCAUCUCGUUCAAUCAUGAAACUGGCUACAAAAAGCAUCAAUGUACAUCCAACAAUCUCUGCAUUCCUGAAUACAGCGGAAAACUCUGAUUGCUCCACCCCAUCUUCGUUACUAACUGUCGUUGAAGACAUGGACUUUGAAAUGGAUAUUCACGAAAUGCUGGAAAGACAAAUAGCACAGAUCAGUAACUCAGCUGAUGCUUUCGAGACGGGUGCUCCAAAGGACAUCCUGUUCGGGGUUGAAGCUGAUACCGAAGGACAGAUUGAGUGCGUAGCUGCUGUAUCCAAAGUAAGUGAGCAGCUGUCAAACAUUCAAGUUUAUCCUGGCAAAAAUCAUUUAAACAGGUCUACUUGGAGUGGGAACAAACUGCAUCUGGAGAUGGAAGUCAAAGAUCCACCACCCCCUGUUCCAUCCGCACAAGAGGAGUUUCCUGAAAGCAAGUCCCCUCUCAAUCCUCUUGCUGCUCGUGCAGCGCUUGCUUCACUAAUGUCAAAAGUGCCUCAAAAUCUGGAAUUUUCAACUAAUCAUGAGAAGGAGGAGUUCUCACUCAAAAUACAAGCUGCACCAGUGACGUUUGUUCCAAAAUGUAGUGACAUUGUAAAAUCACUUUUCUCAACCAGAUGUGCUCCAGGAAAGCUUCAUAUUAUGGAACUGUCUUCUGGAGCACUGAUAAAGGAGAGGGAGAAUGAAAAUAAGACCAGACAAAUCGCCAAUAGUGCAGGGUUUUCAUGUUCAACAACUGAAAGCAAGAGACGACAUUCUGCCAAAACAACCAGACAAAGUCGCUUAGCAGUCCAGAAAGGUACUGGAAAUCAGAAUGAUGAUAUUGAGAGGAUGGCCAGUGUUGAAGGGAGGCAGUCAGGGUUUUCAACCAACUCAAAAAGGUUGACUCGUUCAGCAGUUCAGAGAGAAGAUGGAAUUCAGAGUUUUGAAGUCAAGAAAAAAACGGAAGAGAAUACUCCAGCAAGAAAUCCCGAGCCAGAUUUGUCUGACCAAAACAUGACGCACCAUGGAAGUUACAUAUUGAAGGACAAGAAAAUUUGUGUGCCGCCACUCAAUGAUGAGAUUGACUUGCUCCCUGCUGAGGAAAGGAAAAAUUCAACAGAAAAGGAGGGUAGGAAUAAGAAGCAUGAUAUUGAGAGGAAGACCAGUGUCAAAGAGAGAGAGAAUUUAAACAAAAGAAAGCUAACUCAUUCACCAGUUCAUGAUCAUGAGGAAAGAGGAAAUAAAAGUAAGAAAGCUACACGGGGUAUACUGGGAACAAAGAAACCACCAACUACACCACUCAAUACUGAGAUUAAUUUACCUGUAAAGGAGGAAAUGCAUAAGAAGAGGAAGAUGUCUACCACUGUCAACAUCACUCAAAACACUGAAGCCUUGGUUACAGCAUAUGCUAUUGGGUGUUAUCUAUCCAUUGGUUUGUUCCCAUCAAUUAUGGGUUCGCUUUCAUCCAAUACUUUGCCAAUUCUCAGGUCUCUUGGAGGCUCUCGUCUCCGCUUUCUUUUUGCACUCCCUAUCAUUGUGACAAGAUACUCUGUAUAUUCAACAACUGCUGAAUAUUUUUCUGUGAUGAUUUUUCUUGUGUUCAGUUUCGUCUGAUUCAAGGAUAGUCUUCGGUAUAGUAAGAGCAGUUCUAGAACGACUCUUUAUCAAUCAUGAAAUUAUCUUCUCCUCUUUGCAUGAACAUUGAUAUGAUUUUGCAGGCAAUGAUCCCAGCAGUGGUGGAAGUAGUCAGGCCCCGAGGAGGAAGUCUACUAGUUCUAAGAAGCAGGAGUUACGGUUUUCUCCACGGCUUAGGUUUCUCCCUCGGACUCGCUCCCAGGCCAAGUCUUAAACAGGCAAGAAUGGGAGACCUGGUACGAGUUCUGACAUUUUUCAUUGUGAUGCUAUUCCUGGAGAUGUUAUAGAGCACGUCUUAGGCGUCUAUUCUGUAGAUGCUCCUAUGCAAGAGGAUUAAACUUGAGGCUAAAUAUAAAACUCUGUUGGCUGGGCUUAAAUUCGUUUUAGUAAUGCCAUGGCCAGCAUAACUAUACAUGAAGUUACGAGCGGUACCUUUUGAAGCAGUUUUUUUUGUCAGACGAAGCCUUGCUGUUAUUUUAAGUAGUAAACUGAAAGGUAAGGGUGUCAUAGCGUCUAGAAAAUCAAUCUACAACCUAGCAUAUUGUGGUAGUUAGGGGACAAAAUGGAUCAAACGGAGCACAGUACUAGACUGUUCAAGCUCAACAUAGUCAUUUGUGAAGAGUUUUGAGAUUGACUCGGGAUUGUAACGAAUUUAAUUUUCAUCCAAACUCAGGCUCGGUUCUUCAGAAGACCAAAGAGCCAAACAAUUUUGCUCAGGCCCUAUUCUUUUUCUUAAAAGAGUUUUAAAAUGG